AUGAAACACUGUCUUGCUUCUCUGUGUCUACUGGGCACGUUUGUACAUGCCUUGACUCAAUGCACUGUCCCAGCCUCACAGUUUCAGUUGGAAGGAGAUUAUUUGAUAGGUGGACUUUUUGAUAUUCAUCAUGCCAGUGCCUCUGUUUAUCAUGACAGACCAGAAGCCAUCGACUGCUCCAGUCAACCCUUCAUUCCUUCAAGUUAUCGAAGGUUUCUGUUGAUGAGAUUCUCUGUAGAGGAAAUCAAUAACUCUACCAACCUACUGCCAAAUGUAUCUCUCGGCUAUGAGAUAUUUGACCACUGCUCGGAUACACAGAAUUUUCCUGGUAUUUUCAACCUCAUCUCAGUCAACGGCUUGAUCCAACCUUGGGGUGAACCACACAAGGAACAAACACAUAAGUCCAAUGUGUCCAAAGUGAUAGCAGUGGUCGGUCCUUUUGCAAGUACUCAGGCCCUGACUGUAGCCCCAUUGUUCAUGGUGGAUCUCAUUCCUAUGGUCAAUUACGGAGCUGGUAGUUCUGUCUUUUCAAAAAAAGUAAACUUCCCGUCUUUCCUACGAACAGUGCCUUCCAAUAAAAACCUCAUAGAAGUGAUUGUUAACAUUGUGCAGCACUUCAAUUGGCGCUGGGUUGCUUUCCUUAACAGUGAUAAUGAUUAUGGCAGUAAUGGACUGGAAUUAUUCAUAGAGAUGAUUAAGGAUACUGAGAUCUGCCUGGCGUACACCAAAGGUCUCAACAACAAAACAAAUUACUCCCAAUUGUUCAAACAGAUAGAAGCACAGAGGAUACAUAUCAUUAUUGUUUUUGCUCCUGAAUGGACUGCUGAAGAUGUCAUUGAGUCAGCAAUACAACUGAAUGUCACCAACAAGGUGUGGAUAGCAGGGGAUGCAUGGUCCUUAAACAAGAGGCUCCCCAAGAUGAAAGGAAUCGAAAAUAUUGGAACUGUACUUGGGGUUUCUGAGCCAGGAGUGACAAUACCUGGUUUCAGAGAUUUUAUCUAUUCUUCCAAAAGCCAGCUUCAUUGUCAAAAUGAAGAACAGCAGAAUUUUUGUAAUCAAGUUUGUAACUGCAGUAGCCUGAGUCCGGAGGAUGUCAUUGCUGCAGACCCAUCUUUCUCUUUUCCUGUUUAUUCUGCUGUAUAUGCCAUCGCUCAUGCCUUACACAAUGCCUUGCAAUGUGAAUCUGGCAGAUGUAAUGGCAAUAUUACAGUGUACCCACACAUGGUUCUAGCAGAGCUGAAGAAGUCAAACUUUAAACUUUUAAACCGGAGUAUUGAGUUUGAUGAGAAUGGUGACCCCAAGUACGGAUCCUAUUCUAUAGUUUUCUGGAACCACAGUGGGGAUGCAGAGGAGAUUGGCUUUCAUACAUUUCACCCAUCGGUUAAUUUCUUCAUCAACAACAGCAAAAUUCAUUGGUACAUGAAAGGAGAAGUGCCUACCUCACUAUGUUCCCCAGGAUGUCCUGUAGGAUAUGCAAAAAAGCCUGAUGGAAUCCACAAAUGCUGCUUCACUUGUGAAAUCUGUCCAAAUGGAACUUACGUCAACAGCACAGAGGAUGCCUACAACUGCGUCAGCUGUAAGGAGACAGAAUGGUCUGCAACCGGAAGUACAUCAUGCAAUCUGCGGGUGGUGGAGUACAUCCCAUUCACAGACAGUGGGGCUAUUCUGAUCAUGGUCGGGGCCGGGGCCUUGGUGGGUCUCACACUAGCCAUGUCUGCUCUCUUUGCCAUCAACUACAACACACCUGUUGUCAGAUCUGCUGGAGGACCAAUGUGCUUCCUAAUUUUAGGCUGCCUCAGUCUGUGUAGCCUUAGUGUGUUCUUUCACUUUGAUAAGCCAACAAUUUCUUUUUGUAUCUUAAGGAUCUUGCCAUUUCUUUUGUUCUACACUGUUUGUCUAGCAUGUUUUGUUGUGCGAUCUUUUCAAAUAGUUUGCAUUUUCAAAAUAGCUGGAAAGUUCCCCAAGCUACACAGUUGGUGGAUGAAAUAUCAUGGACAAUGGCUGGUCAUCACUGUGGCAUUUGUUACUCAGGCACUCUUACUUCUUAUUGGCUACUCUUAUACCCCCCCCAAGCCCUACAAUGAAACAUUUUGGUACCCAGACAAAAUCAUACUAAGCUGUGACAAUAAUUUUAAAGCAUCCUCUGGUUCUGUGAUUUUACUUGUAUCUUUGUGCUCCCUUUGCUUUAUUUUCUCCUACAUGGGAAAAGAUCUCCCAAAAAAUUACAAUGAGGCCAAAGCAAUAACUUUCUGCCUGCUCCUGCUGAUCCUCACCUGGAUAAUCUUUGCCACUGUACACAUACUUUAUCGUGGAAAGUACAUUCAAACUCUUAACGCUCUGGCAGUACUCUCCAGUCUCUACUCCUUUCUGUUGUGGUAUUUCCUCCCAAAAUGUUACAUCAUCAUUUUUCAACCCCACAAAAACACACAGCAGCACUUCCAAGGUCUCAUUCAGAAUUACACCAAAACAAUUAGCCAGUAGCAGCUUCCAGUAAAUGUAUCUCUACAGACAGAAAACUGAUGUGCUUCAGGUCUUGUGAAUACUUGCAAUGCAAUGCUUUUAAAAAUUAUA